AUGCCAUUCGACUUUAAAAAAUACGACCAAAAAUGCCAGGGCCUCACGCUAGAGGAGCUGCAGCGGGAGUGGGAGCACUAUACGCGAUUAAUUUCCGGUGCUGCCACCUCCACUGCAGUGUCUGGCUGUGCCAUUCCGUUGACCCUUGGAGUUUCCACAAUUGGCGUUGCAAUGGCCGCACCAGCUAUUCAUAACGCGCGCAAGAAGCGAGAGAUUAUCGAAAGACACCUUAAUCGACUCAACGCGACACAUCAUACCCGAAAGCGAGAUGUCCUCGGUAGCAUGGCCGUCAGUGGAACAAUCGGCGUGGUAACACUUGGUGUUGGCUCAAUGGGCGCCGAUGCCGUCGCAACAGCUGGCGCAGAACAUGGGAUUCAAUCCAUCAUUGCGAACGAAACGGCUAUCAAACUUGUUUCUCAUGCUGCUCUUGAUGGAGCGGGGAUGGCUGUUGAACAUGCACAUACGAACCAUUUGAAGAAGAAAGAUGCGAAGAAAGCAUUCCAAAAGGCUGGUGUGUUUCAAGCUGUGCAAGAUGCUAAAGCUGCUGAGGCUGGGUAUUCUAUUCAGCCAUACCAGAACAAUGGGCAAUAUCCAGUAUACGCAGCUGCUGGGCCUUCACAAGCUUUGCCUUUGCCUCCUCCGCCGUACACUGCUGCUGUCGUCCAGGCACCCCCUCAACCUACGUACACUCUGGAUCCGAAUGCGUAUCCCCAGGACUUCAAGAGUCCGAUGUUAUCUCAACCGGCUCCUCAACAAAACGGAUAUCUAGCACCAAACAUGACAGGACAGCAGUCGUUUCAGCAACCUUACGACUACACCCAGCAACAACAUGUCCCGAUAUCCACUGCACCGUCGCCUAUGCCUUCAGUCAGCACACAAAUGUUCUCACCACCUCAAACCCCUGCUACACAUUACCCUCUCCCGCAGCAUGUACCAUACCAACAGGGAGGAAAUUCUCCAUACAUCCCUGGUACACCUCAGACAUUUGACAUGUCGACAAUGCAACAGGCUCUUCCGGUGACUCCGGCCCCUCCUGCUACAUAUGCACCACAACUUCAACAGUAUCAUCCGUCAUCACCUCCACAGGACAACUCGCGAAAUUAUCAAGCGCAGCCUACCCAGCAAUACUAUCCAUCCCAGAUUGCUCAAGCUACCCAAGCAGGAUACCCUCCACCACCAGCAGCGACUCCAUCUGGGUACCCUCCAGCAAUCAUGACUCCCCAUUGUCCAACACCGCAGCCAGUACCUGCAUCUCAGCUGCCACAGCCGACUCCGCCAACCAGUGUAAUUCAGAGUCCAGUGCAGCAGAUCGUGCAACAUCACACUGGGUAUCAACCAGCCAUACCAGCCUACCAGCCGCAGACACAAGCACAACCAGGUUAUCCAUCGCCUCAGCAAAGCAACAUGUAUCAACAACAUCAAGCGCAUCCAUCCGUUGACCUAAACAGGAGAGAGUCAGUUCAAAGUAUACCUGCCUAUCAGCCCCAGAAUCAAGGACAAUCAGGUUACCCGGCGCCCCAGCAAAGCAAUACAUAUCAUCAACAUCAAGGGCAUCCAUCCGUUGACCUAAACAGGAGGGAAUCAGUUCAAAGCAUCCAAGCUCCUUCCACUCCGCAUCAGUACAACCCGCAGCAUUAUGGGCCGAUCAGUCCGCAGGAGAAAACAAAUAGUGGCCCGGUUCAAUCUUUCGGCAAUGCAUACGUGCCAGCUCCUCAACCGAACCCUGCACCGAUGGCUUAUCAAAUGCCACCAACUCCUCUUCCAACAGGCUCAACCAUGGCUCAGUAUCAGUACGAUAAUAAAGGAUCUUACUUUCCAGCUCAACCCCAGACACCUCAAGGAACUGGGUACCCAGUGACACCGGCACAAGUAUGA